AUGCUCCGGGCAGGAGUCAAAUUAUCCUGCCGAGGCUCUGCACAAUCGUGCUUCACACCCUUUCUGGUGGACAGUGUCUCCUUCGGCUCCCUUUUGAUAAUCAGGAGCUUUAGCUGGGCUGCUUCAGUGCUGAUGCUUGACUUCGUUGAACUCGGCCUCCCGGCGUCCUUGCAAAGCCUAGUUCGGGUUGCGCUCGCUUUGUCUGUUUUUGGUUUUCUCAGGACGGACGCCUCAACGCUUGUCUUGGACUUCGCCUUUCUCGGUUUCCCCCUCUCCUUGAAAAGUUCCUGCAGGCCAGACCUUUCAGUUCUGCUUCCUGGUAGAAGUUGCGCAGGCGAGUUCAUGCCUUUACCUCAGCAUCUUACAGUGGGCUCCUCGUUCCCCAUGAGGCAGCUUGCCUGCACCGGCUUUGCGGUUUCAAUCUUGGCACGGUCGAGCUUUGGCCUUUCGCCUUUGGCUCUUGACCAUACCCGCACCGAUGUUUCAGCUGUACUGCGGAGCUUUAUGUGCUUGGACUUUCUCCUGCCUUCGUUGGACACUGUCAACACGGGCUUGUUGCCUGCUAUGCGUGGCCCUCAUUGUGCUGAACUCCUGCUGUUUGUGUUAGGCAGGGCUCGCCCAGACUUGUCGCCCGCAGCUGCUGACUUUGCUCAGCUCGGGCCAAGCACUUCAUCGAGAGCAUUUGCAAGGAUUUCAUCCGGGAUUCCAGUUAUAGGCACCUUCCGCUUGGCACCUUUCAUGCUGCCGGCUGACAGUAUCACCAUGGGCAGCCCGUCGCCUACCAGAUGUUAUGGAUGA